UUAGUCACACCAGUUCAUGUGUGUGUGCAUAAGUUUGUAUGUAUGAGUUGACAGCAAGUUGAUUGACAGCAGUGGUUCUUGAGGCACAGUUGUUCAAAAUAAGGAGAUCUACAAUUUGAUAUAAAGAAUUUGUGUUUGUGGGAAACAUCACAUGAUAUAAAAUCCACACACAAAACAAAAUGUGAUGGUGCCUCCCAGUGGCCGUUUGGGUUCAAAUUGAGCACAGACCUCUGGGGUCAAGAGUCUAACCGGUCCACUGAGUUUUGUUACGAUUGGCCUCUAUAAACCUUGUCUAAUCACUGAUUAUAUUAAUCUAUCAUGAAUAGAUUUAUUUAUUAUAAAUAUAGAAAUUUGCCCCGCUGCUUUGCUUACAGGUGCAGAGAGAACCAUGUGUUUGAAAUUCAGCUUGGACCUCGUACACACAUUGCUGAAGUCUGAUACGCUACAGGAGGAGCUACAGACGAGGGGAGAGAGCUUCACCUCGAAGCUGCAGUAUCAGCGGUCAGCCACAGAGAACGUGUUCAUGACUUUUCAGCUGGACUGCCUGAAGCUGCUGAAGCUCACGGGACUGCCCGGCCGUCUCAUCGUGGCUCUGUUUGAGCACAGCUCAUUGGUGGAGCACGUGAAGAGUCCUGCUGGACAGACCUCCCCUGGUGAGAGUAAAUCUGACCAUGCAGACCCUAAGCACCAAUACUCAAGCAAUCACGCACCAUUUUGAUUGCAACUUGAAUAUUUAUUAGGAUGUACAAUAGCCUCUUUUUUAAUGGUUAUACUCAUGAAAGUGUGGACUCAUGAAAGGUUAGGGUUGAUGUACUGAUGUUGCUGGUCAUUUAGAAUCAUGAUGUGCCUAAAUGUCAGCAAGCGAGGCACGGUUCUGGAAAGUCUGGAGAAUGUACGGAAUUUUUUUUCAUGGUGUAGAU